UUCCAAUUAUUUUCAAACCUACAAUAUUUAUCAGCUUAACCCGCCCGAAGGUACUUGGAGUGCGAUGCUCCUAAAACCCCAGGUGGAAGAAAGUCGAUUGCUUCCAAAAACCUUCUGCAGAGCUUCUCUCUCUCGCUUCAGAGAAGCCCUUUGCAAUUCAUGGCUUCCGUUGAUUCGCGACCUUCAACUUUAAUUCCAUUAGAAGACGCUGGCGAAGGAGAGCAAGUUGUAAGGAACGAUUUCUACUUCCAAAAGAUCGGCAGACCUGUUCCCGUCAAGCUCGGCGACUCCAUUUUUGAUCCCGAAACCCCUCCCUCUCAGCCUCUUGCUCUCUCCGAGAGUUCCGGUCUCAUCUUCGUUGCCCAUUUGUCUGGGUUUUUUGUGGUGAGGACCAAGGAUGUAAUUGCUUCGGCCGAGGAGAUAAAAAACGGGGGAACUGGUUCUUCUGUCCAGGAUUUAAGCAUUGUGGAUGUUUCCAUCGGAAAAGUUCACAUUCUAGCUCUUUCCACGGAUGAUUCCAUUCUUGCUGCCGUCGUAGCUCGUGAUAUUCAUCUUUUUUCAGUCCAGUCGCUGCUUGAUAAGGCAGAAACACCCUCUUCUUCUUGUUCUAUAACUGAUUCCAGUUGCAUCAAAGACUUCAAAUGGACCAGAAAGUUGGAAGAUUCUUAUCUGGUUCUUUCAAAGCAUGGACAGUUAUAUCAAGGAUCGGCUAAUGGCUCUCUUACACAUGUAAUGCACGAUAUUGAUGCUGUCGAAUGCAGUGUGAAAGGGAAAUUCAUUGCUGUGGCUAAAAAGGAUACUCUUACCAUUUUCUCACACAAAUUCAAAGAACGACUAUCCAUGUCACUCUUGCCGAGUUCAGGGAAUGGCGAAACGGAUACAGACUUUACAGUGAAGGUUGACUGUAUCAAGUGGGUUCGUGCUGAUUGUAUCAUCAUGGGAUGCUUUCAAAUGACUGCAACUGGUGAUGAAGAAGAUUACUUUGUCCUAGUUAUCAGAAGUAAGGAUGGAAAAAUCACUGACGUUUCUUCAAACAAAGUUUUGUUAUCAUUUCGUGAUAUACAUUCAGGUUUCACUCGUGACAUUUUGCCUGGUGAUAGUGGGCCUUGUUUAUUGUUGAGUUAUUUGGAUAAAUGCAAGCUCGCAAUUGUUGCAAACAGGCUCUAUAUGGAAGACCAUAUUGUGUUGCUUGGUUUGUUGCAAGAGGUUGAGAACGAAGUUGCAGUUAUUAAUAUUGAUAGAAAUACCUCUCUCCCGAAGAUUGAGCUUCAAGCGAAUGGUGAUGAUAAUUUGGUAAUGGGGCUGUGCAUUGAUCGAGUUUCUCUUCCUGGGAAGGUGAUAGUUAGAGUUGGAUUUGAAGAUAUGAGAGAAGUCUCGCCAUAUUGCAUCCUUGUGUGUCUUACUUUAGAGGGAGAUCUCAUUAUGUUUCAAUUUUCUAGUGUCAAUGAAACAGAAGCUCCACAUGAGACCGUUCCUGCUUGUGAUGAGGAGGAAGAUGAUAUAAUAGUGCCUGCUGAUGAUCGGUCUCAACUCUCUUCUGAAUCAAAGAAAGAGUUUAGAGAAGCAAACAAUGAUCUUAAGAUGCAGGUUAUGGAAAAAAUCGCAAUCAGUAGUGAGAUUCCUGGGGAAAAAAUUAAAAUUUCAAACGACAUCAAGUCUUCUAAUAAUGAUCAAAGUCUAGUAUCUAAAAUAGGUGAGAGUGCAACUGUUGGUGCAGAGAGUAAUACUAAAAGCCGGAAAGCAGAUUCUUUCAUUUAUUCACAAUCAUUGAAGUCUUCUGUCCUGGAGAGAUCCAACUACGAGAUUGGGAACUUUGACAAGCCUGUUCAAAAAUUUGGUCUCGGGCCUGUUUCUAUUUCAGGGAAGUCUGUGGAUGUGCAUAGCCAGCCCUUUCCCAAUGUAAAAGAAUCAACGAAAAAAUUGGGGUCAACUGGCUUGUUGGCUGCUUCUGAGUUAUCCAGCGAUAAAGCUAUAUUUUUAAAUAAAAUUGAUCCCGUAUCUUCAGUCUUAAUUCCAAAUUCUUUUCAAAGCAGCAAAACUGAGAAUUAUGUACCAAGUUUUGGUACAGCGAAUUGUUUCGCAGGUUUUGCUGGAAAACCUUUUCAACCGAAGGAUGUUCCAAGUACAUUAACACAAAGUGGGAGACAAGUAAUGGGAGGUGCUGGUAAAAUUGAAUCUUUACCAGUGAUACGUAGCUCACAAAUAUCAUUGCAAGACAACUUGCCGGGGAAAAUUUCUAAUGAGAAACAUGAUGGUUCAGACCGAAGUUACAGCAAUGCCCCCCUGGCAAAACCAAUGAAAGAAAUGUGCGAAGCAUUGGACAUGCUUCUGGAGUCUAUAGAAGAGCCGGGUGGGUUCUUGGAUGCCUGCACUGCUUUCCAGAAAAGCUCCGUUGAAGCUUUGGAGCUUGGCUUAGCCAGUCUUUUAGAUGAAUGUCAAAUAUGGAAGAGCACAAUGAAUGAACGUGCGCAGGAGGUACAAAAUCUCUUUGACAAAAUGAUACAAGUUUAUUUGGUUUCAGUUUUGUCAAAGAAGACAUACAUUGAAGGUAUUGUUAUGCAAGCUUCCGACAGCAAGUAUUGGGAACAAUGGGAUCGUCAAAAGUUGAGUUCAGAAUUAGAGUUAAAGCGACAACACAUCUUAAAGAUGAAUCAGAAUAUGACUAACCAGUUAAUUGAGUUAGAAAGACAUUUUAACGGCCUUGAAUUGAAUAAGUUUGGUGGAAAUGAGGAAAGUCAAGUGAAUGAAAGAGCUCUUCAAAGGAAAUUUGGUUCUUCGAGGCAUAGUCAUUCAUUACAUAGUUUGAAUAACAUAAUGGGAUCUCAAUUAGCAGCAGCUCAACUUCUUUCUGAAAGUCUAUCAAAACAAUUGGCUGCACUCAAUAUAGAAUCACCCUCUUUAAAAAGGCAGAGUGUCACGAAGGAAUUGUUUGAGACUAUUGGACUUACUUAUGAUGCUUCUUUCAGUUCUCCAAAUGUGAACAAAAUUGCAGAAACUUCUAGCAAGAAGCUGUUACUUUCUGCUGAUUCUUUUUCACAUAAAGAUACAUCGAGAAGAAAACAGUGGAGUGGAACGAAAAAUUCUGAAGCAGAAACUGGGAGAAGGAGAAGAGAUUCACUCGACAGGAACCUGGCUAGUGUCGAACCUCCAAAAACAACUGUUAAGAGGAUGCUUUUGCAUGGAAUACCCUCCUCUGAUGAGAAACUAUUUCGGUCUCAUACACCUGACGGGGCAGCAACAGUUGCAUGGCCAGCUAGUCGCUUAACAUCAUCUAUGUCAUCAUCAUCAUCCAAAAAUGCAGGACAUGACUCUGAGAACCCAGCAACUCCUUUUAUGUGGGCUAGCCCUUUACAACCAUCAAAUAUCUCCAGACAGAAAUCUCAACCAUUGCAAAAAACUAAUGCUACAGCGCCAUCACUGUCGGUAUUUCAAUCAUCACAUGAAAUGCUGAAAAAAAGUAAUAAUGAAGCUUUCAGUGUGACUUCAGAAAACAAAUUUACUGAAAAGUCGAAAGCUUCUGAUUUCUUCUCAGUCACUAGGACCGACUCUGUUCAGAAAUCUAAUACAAACCUUGAUAAAAAACCAUCCAUCUUUACAAUAUCAUCUAAGCAGAUGGCGACACCGAAAGAUUUUAUUGAUACCUCUAAUUUGGACAAUCAGAAGACUGCUAACUCAAAGGAGAGGCAUACAACUACAAGUCCACUUUUUGGAUCUGCAAAUAAACCUGAAUCUGCAUCUGUUGGUACGAUGUCUUCUCUGGUUCCUACUGUUGAUGAAGCAAGAAAAGAAAAAAGGUCACUGAAGACGAUUUCACCAUCAGUUCCAGCACCAACACCAGCACGGUUCAAUAGUCCUUCAAGUUCAUCGACUUUAUUUUCAGGAUUUGCUGUAAGCAAACCUCUUCCUAGUUCUGCUGCUGCUAUAGAUCUCAAUCAACCUCUUUCAACAUCAACCCAAUUGAACUUCUCCUCUCCAGUUGUUUCUGUUUCUGAUUCCCUAUUUCAGGCAACUAAGAUGGUAUCAACAUCAUCUACUCUAUCUUCCUUGAAUCCUAUAUUGGAGUCCUCAAAAAAAGAGCUACCUGUUUCGAAAUCAGAGGGUGAUACUGAAAAGAAAACACCAGCUUCAAAGCCUGAGUCUCAUGAACUGAAAUUUCAGCCUUCUAUAACACCUGCUAAUAAAAAUCAUCUAGAGCCAACUUCGAAAACCCAGACAGUUCCCAAAGAUGUUGGAGGACAGAUUCCAAAUGUAAUAGGGGAUGCUCAACCACAACCGCCAUCUGUUGCUUUUGCUUCAUUACCUUCACCAAACUUAACUUCUAAGACUUCUGGUAAUGGUAGAAAUGAAACUUCAAACGUGACGGUUACUCAGGAUGAUGAUAUGGACGAGGAGGCUCCAGAGACGAUUAACAAUGUUGAGUUUAAUUUGAGCGGCUUGGGAGGAUUUGGAAAUAGCUCUUCCCCUAUGUCAGGUGCUCCUAAACCAAAUCCAUUUGGUGGUUCAUUUGGUAAUGUGAAUGCAACCUCAAUGACCUCUUCCUUUACUAUGGCAUCUCCUCCUAGUGGAGAGUUGUUUCGGCCUGCAUCGUUUAGCUUCCAGUCUCCAUUGGCUUCACAAGCAGCAUCACUACCCACAAAUUCAGUUGCAUUCUCUGGUGGCUUUGGCUCUGCAAUGGCUACUCAAGCCCCUUCGCAAGGUGGGUUCGGUCAGCCUGCUCAGAUUGGAGUAGGGCAGCAAGCACUUGGUAAUGUUCUUGGUUCAUUUGGGCAAUCAAGACAGCUUGGUCCUAGUCUCCCUGGAACUGGUUCAGGAUCCCUUGGCAGUUUUAGUGGUGGCUUUACUGGUAUGAAACCGGUUGCAGUUGGUGGGUUUGCCGGUGUUGGUUCAAGUGGUGGUAGUGGUGGGUUCGCUGGUGUUGGUUCAGGGGGUGGUGGCGGUUUUGGUGGUGUUGGUUCGGCUGCCGGUGGUUUCGCUGGCACAAUCUCAACUGGUGGUGGAUUUGCUGGUGCUUCCGCUACAACGGGAGGUUUUGCAGGUGCUGCAGGCGGUGGUUUUGCAGGUGCUGCAGGUGGAGGCUUUGCAGGUGCUGCAGGUGGAUUUGGGGCGUUUGGUAGUCAGCAAGGAAGCGGCGGUUUCUCUGCUUUUGGUGCUGCUGCUGGUGGAGCUGGAGGAACUGGAAAACCUCCUGAGCUUUUCACCCAGAUAAGAAAGUAGUUUCAUGUUCACUAAUGAUAGGCAGAGGGUAGAAUGUAUAUUUAUUUUUGUUGUAACACCAGUUUUCAGCUUCUUCCUCUGUUUUUGGGGUCUUAGAAAAUCUUCACAUUAUUGAUUCAGGCAUAUAUAUGUUUUUAUUUUAUUUUAUUUUGAAUUA